GGAAGCGCCGCAGUGAGCCGGGCGGUCGGCGGGGCACCUGGGCGAGGUCUCUGAGUACCCAGAGCCCCAGAGCGCCGGCCCGGCUCCAUCCAGCCCGAUGCCCGGCGUCCCGGUAGCCCGCCAGCCUCUCCACCCUGACUACCCGCACGCCGGCUGGAAGUUCCCUCUAAGUCUGACCCAAGUCUCUCCCAGCUGCAGCCAAAGGACCAGAGCGCCUCUCAACCCGGGUCGGCCUAGGGUGCAGCCGGGGACCCGACCGGACUCCAGACUCACCGGAGCCCAUGGCUAGAAGACGGCAGCCCAGCUUACUCUGGAGCGGGACGCGUAGGCGGGAGAGCCAAGCGAUAAGGCGCUCCCGCCCCCGCCACGCCCGCACAGACCACAGUGCUGCGGCCCGGCCAGAAAUAGCCCAGAGGCCGCGCGGACUCGUGCUGCAGCGGCAGAUAGCACACUAUCGCCGGAGGCCGCAGGCCGCCCGGGCUUCCGCUCCCACCCGCUCUCAGGGGCACACGGAGCACUCGGACACCCGCUGCGACGUUCACCAACAUUGUUCUCCUGUCACCAGGACAGGACGCGGCAUUCACAACGGAACAAAACGGAGCAUCGUGUGGCGGGAAGGGAUCAUGCGGGUGGGCUAAGCCUAUGUCUCCCCAUGCUGAUGCCCCUGCCCUGAUGGCCACCUUCCCCUGGCAUGGUCUCCAUCAUCACCACUCGAGUUGCUGGGGCACCUGAAGCCACCAACCCUGGAGUUCAGAAAUCUGGGAACCAGGGUGUGCCACUGGGCCAGCCCCUUCCUCUGGUAACCCAUGGAAAGAGGGUUGGGGUUGGGGGCCUGGCCCACUGUUGCACUUCUGGAUCUGGGCAAGUGCUCCAUAUCUGCCAAGCACCAUGUGGGGCCCACAUGACCCACCCCAGCCAAGCAUGGUGAUGUUUGCCUUCUAGUUCUGGAUGAAGGGGGUACAGGUCCUCUACUCCUAGAACAAAUGACUCUUGCCCCCAACUGGGCUGACCUUGCCC